CUUCGAACUUAUUCUUGAACCACCCGCGAGCAGCUCGCGCUAUUUGUAAAAGUUUCUCUGAGGAUCGAUUCAUUAUCACGCGGGACCUUGGGCCCCCUCAACGAAACAAAUAUGAUAAACCAGAAACGACUUCCUGACUUUCGGGCCUACACCAUCGGGUGGAUCGCCGCUCUGAACGCAGAACUCACGGCCGCGCUUGCUAUGCUUGACGAAAGUCACCGACAACCAGAAAACUUCAUUCAAAAUCAACGAGAUACGAACAGCUACUCAUGGGGCCGCAUCGGCGCUCACAAUGUGAUCAUCGCAUCCUUGGCCGAAGGAAGCUAUGGCCUUGUAUCUGCAGCAACGACCGCUACCAGCAUGAUUCUCUCACUUCCACAUAUCCGAUUCGGUCUCAUGGUCGGCAUCGGUGCCGGGAUUCCUAGAUUAGAAGACGGUGUUGAUAUUCGUCUCGGCGAUGUUGUGGUUAGCCAGCCCAUUGAUGGGUCUUCGGGAGUCGUACAGUACGAUUUGGGGAAGUUGAAGGCACACGGCGAAUUCCAGCGAGUUGGUUCGCUCGCUCCUCCACCGGCAGUCCUGCUCAAAGGGUUGGCAAAGUUGAAAGCUGAUCAGCGGCUUAAUGGAAGCCAGUUACCAAGAAUACUGGCUGAUGCACUCAAACUCUUUCCACGACUGGCGGAAUCGCGCGGUAAAGAGGCAGCGUUCAUUCAUCAAGGACUCCAAAACGAUCGGCUAUUCGCAGCGUCAUCGAUACAUAUGCAAGUCAUGGAUAUUCAGAGACCCUUACAUUCGAAAAAGCAAGUCCUGAUGAAGUUCGCGCAGCUUUCCUACCAUCAUCUUUACAAUUCAACAGUCUGGAUCUGGGGAAUGAUCAUGUUUUUUUUCUUCUCUCAAUGGAGGUCUAUAAAGAACAGAAGUGGUGCAGAAUUGGUCACAAAAUCUCAGGCCAGAGAAGCAAGACUCCAAAGCAUUACGAAGACUGAGACUUGCGUACACUGCAAUCCUGAAGAUGAACUCACAAGAGACAAUCGACCCGACACCGACCCUGAGAUACACUAUGGCACCAUUGCUUCUGGAAAUUCAAUUGUCAAAGAAAGCGUUUCCCGAGGCCAAAUCCUGCAAAAGCUUGAGACAAAAUGUCUUUGUUUUGAGAUGGAGGCGGCCGGUCUGAUGAAUGACUUCCCCUGUCUCGUGAUAAGAGGAGUUUGUGACUACGCAGACAGCCACAAGAAUGAUAGGUGGCAAAACUAUGCGGCCAUUGUUGCUGCUGCGUAUGCUAAAGAGCUCCUGUUGGUCAUGGAAGCUACGAAUGUGGUACAGACCAAGCAAAUAGGAGAGAUUAUAGGAAUAGGUCAAUCGAGGCAACCACGAGACACACAUUGGGAAGUUCAAGAGCUGAGCGCUGGUGAUCGGUUCGAUAAGCUUCGAUCGUGGCUUUCUGCACCAGACCCAUCAAUCGACCACAACAAGGCAUCCAAUCUCCACCAUGCUGGCACAUGCCAGUGGUUCCUUGAAAGCCCGAAGUACUUGCAAUGGAAGACGGAAUCCCGUUCAGCCUUGUGGCUACAUGGCUUACCAGGAUGUGGUAAGACGAUCUUGAGCUCAAGGAUCAUCACAGAUCUACAGCACGGCGGUCUUAUCUGCCUGUAUUUCUAUUUCACAUUCACCGAUACGAAAAAACAGUCAUUGGAUAUGGCCGUUCGAUCGCUCGUGUACCAACUUUAUUGCCAGAGCAAGCCCGCUGAAGUAUAUCUCAACUCAGUCUUCGACUCCAGAGCGAACAAUUUGGCGCAACCUGACACCAACUGCUUAUGCUCUUGGUUCGAAGCCAUGGUAAAAGAGACUGGUGAAGUCUGGAUUGUACUAGAUGCUCUUGACGAAUGGGAAACCAAUCACGAAUGUCAAGAGGGUCAAGCCCUGAAGAACAAAGGACUACUCCCAUGGAUCAAAACCCUUCUGAAAUCCUGGGAAAGCAAUUUUCAUAUCAUAUUUACAAGCCGUGACGAGAAGAACAUUCGAAAAGCUCUGGAAGCCAUUCCAGAAAAUAUGCAGAUUUCUGUACGCAACGAACAUGUCGAUGCUGACAUACAGUCAUUCAUCCAAACAACGAUUGCGACUUGGGAUGACUUGUGUGAAUGGAAAGACGACCAAACUUCUCGACAGAAAGUUGAGAAACAUUUGAUCAGUCAUGCUGACGGUAUGUUCCGCUGGGUAUCCUGCCAACUCGUUACUCUGAAAGACUGCUGCGACGGCGAACAGCUACAAGAAACCCUGGCAAGUUUGCCAAAAACGUUGGACGAAACUUAUGCGAGAAUCCUGGACAAAAUUCCUGGUCCGCGUAAGCAAAAAGCUUGGAGAUUAUUGCAAUUUUUACUCUAUUCGCAAGAUCCCCUGACUUU